AUGGGACUGUCCCCCACGUGUCCUGCACCAACCUUGGGCUUUCAGGCCUCAGGAGGUAUGGAAAAGACCGAGAAGUUCCAGAAGCCUUCAGGGGAGGAAGAGGAGGUCACUGAAAGUCUGGCUGGGGAGCCUCCCAAGAAGGCUGCCUCUAUGGCCAGGAGGCUGAGUAACCCAAACAAACCAGUGUCAAGACGGACUCCCCCCAGAUCUCAGGAGUAUCAGUGCAAGCCAGACCCCAAGAGCAGCCAUGUGAGCGGGGAGGACCGCAGAGUCCCAGGAAAGCAGAGAGAACUCCGCACAACUUACACUGUUACAGACCUGAGCACCCAGUGUCCCCCAGAUGCCCAGGAAUGA